AUGUGUUGUGAGGAUAAUAAACCUAAAAUUAAGGAAUAACAAUUAUAAUUGAAAUAAGAAUAGAAAAAUAUAAAAAUAGUAGUUUUAGGAGAUAGUGGAGUAGGUAAAACAAGUUUGAUUUAAAAAUUUUGUUUUGACACUGUAAUUUGAUGAUAUAGAAAUAGUUAUCAGAAAAAGAAUAAACAACUUUGGGUGUAGCAUAUUAGAGUGCGUAAAUUGUAAUUAAAGGUUAAGUAUUAAAACUACAUAUAUGGGAUACAGCUGGAGGUGAACGUUAUAGAUCAUUGGCACAAUUAUGUUAUAGAGAUGCAAAUGCAGCAAUAUUAGUAUAUAACAUAACAAAUUAAAAAUCAUUUGAAUAGAUUUAUUAUUGGGAAUAAGAACUAUUUGAAAGAUGUACAAGUAUUUUUGAAAUAAUUUAAAGUAGUUUAGAAUUGAGUAUUGGUCUAGCAGGAAAUAAAUGUGAUUUAAAUGAAGAAAGAUCUGUUUAAAAAGAUUAUGCUUAAAAAUAUGCAAAUUAACAUGAUUUCUCAUUUUAUGAAACCUCUGCAAAAACUGGAGAAGGAAUUCAAAUCUUAUUUACAGACGUGAUACAAAAAUAUUUAGGAUAAUAUUAAUAAAAAUAACAAUAAUGA